CUUGAAGGAUAAGUUGGAAGAAUACAUGGCCCGAUUUUCCAAAGUGAGGAUUGUUCGCACCAAGAAAAGAGAGGGGCUCAUCCGGACCCGACUCCUGGGGGCAUCGAUGGCAAGGGGCGAAGUCCUGACCUUCCUGGAUUCCCACUGUGAGGUCAAUGUCAACUGGCUGCCCCCACUCCUCAACCAAAUUGCACUCAACCACAAAACCAUCGUGUGUCCCAUGAUCGAUGUCAUUGACCACAAUCACUUUGGGUAUGAGGCCCAGGCUGGGGAUGCCAUGCGAGGAGCCUUCGACUGGGAAAUGUACUACAAAAGGAUCCCCAUUCCUCCAGAGCUGCAACGAGCAGAUCCCAGUGACCCUUUUGAGUCUCCUGUUAUGGCUGGAGGUCUCUUUGCUGUGGAUCGAAAAUGGUUUUGGGAAUUAGGUGGCUAUGAUCCAGGCUUAGAAAUCUGGGGAGGAGAACAGUAUGAAAUAUCUUUUAAGGUUUGGAUGUGUGGAGGAGAAAUGUUUGAUGUUCCAUGUUCUAGAGUCGGCCAUAUAUACAGAAAGUACGUCCCUUACAAAGUUCCGUCUGGGACCAGCCUGGCAAGAAACCUGAAGCGGGUGGCGGAGACGUGGAUGGACGAGUUUGCCGAGUACAUCUACCAGCGGCGACCUGAGUACAGGCACCUGUCCACAGGGGACAUCUCAGCCCAGAAGGAGUUGCGCAAGCAGCUCAAGUGCAAGGACUUCAAGUGGUUCAUGGCUGCGGUGGCCUGGGACGUGCCUAAGUACUACCCUCCCGUGGAGCCCCCGCCUGCUGCCUGGGGGGAGAUUCGAAAUGUGGCAGCCAACCUCUGCGUGGACAGCAAGCACGGAGCCACCGGCACUGAACUGAGACUGGACAUCUGUGUCAAGGACGGUUCUGAAAGGACGUGGUCCCAUGAGCAGCUCUUUACCUUUGGGUGGAGAGAGGACAUCCGACCUGGGGAGCCUCUGCACACCCGGAAGUUCUGCUUCGACGCCGUCUCUCACAGCAGCCCCGUCACGCUCUAUGACUGCCAUGGCAUGAAGGGAAACCAGCUCUGGGGACACCGGCAGGAUAGGACGUUAUUCCACCCCGUGAGCAACAGCUGCAUGGAUUGCAGCCCCGCAGAGAAGAAGAUCUUCAUGGCUAGAUGUGACCCUCUCUCAGAGACUCAGCAGUGGGUUUUUGAACACAUUAAUGUGACAGUUUUAGAAAAAUUUAACCACCAUGCCAGCUCCUAGAAAGAAAGAAGGAAGGAAGUGAGAGUGAUCAUAAACCGAGUUCUAGCCAGUAUCUGGGUCGAAGGAGUCAGGAAUAAUAUUUCCUAGAUCCAGGAAGGCUGGUUUAAAGAUCUGUAAAGGCCAUGUCAAAGUAGGUUGUCUCGAAGAACUUCCUGCAUCUGAAGAACUUGGCUGAGAACCUCACCAGCUGCUUCUGAGAACUCGAGACUAGCAGUUCCCUUGCUGGCCAAGGGCAAAGAUUAUUUAGGGACUUUUCAAAGCAACUGCUGUGUUAAUAAAUCCUAGCAUUUCUCAGGUCAAA